AUGUUUCAAACUGACAAUGGCAUUAUGAAUGAGGAAAACAAUGAAAUCCCUACAGUCACUAAGCGGGACAUAACAAAAGAAAGAUGUAAGCAGCAUCCGACAGAGAGAGCUAUAUUUCUUUGUAAAACACAUGAGUCCAUGAUUUGUGGCAGAUGCCUUCAUUCAGGACAUCUUGACUGCGUACAUGACGUCGUGGACUUGCUGCACGAAGCUGUUACCAUUGAUUUUGAGAAAGUCAACAAAAUGAAGUCAGCUUUGAAUGAGGUAAAAGAAGAAAUUCUGCUUUUGCAUGAUGAAUCAGAAGAUAAGAAAACAAUCGCUACGAAUAAUGCUGAUAAAUGUGUGCAAGAAUGCAUGGAAUUAGGAAAUCAAAUUAAACAACGUGUAGAUGAAUUGACAAGUGGUAUAAGAGACGGAAUAACAAAGACACAUGACGAAAACAUGAGCAACCAUUCCCGCAUAACUGAGACGUGUGAUGUGAAAACCAAGUGGUGUGACAGUGAAAAAAGUAAAAUUGAUGAUUUUGUUGGCAAUAAUAUGGUUGGUUACUUGUACCUAAUGAGCAGACAUUUUGAGAAAGAGGUUUCGGAAGUUAGAUCCCACCUCAAAGAAAUCAAAGACAAACAUACGUUUAACAAGUUUUACUUUAAACAAAACAAAGUUAUUCUGAAAUGUGUGUUUGAGGAUUUGGAGGAAGUGUGUGAACAACAAAAAGAAGCUAUGGGGAGCAACGAUGGAAAUUUCAGCGAUAUUUUCGAAUCCAAAAUAGAAAUAAACAAGACACGGCGGGAGCUUACUGCACUGUUGAACCAGGCCAAACAAGACUUAGAUAACACAGAACUGGCAAGGAAGAAACUGUGUGAUGAGCUGAAACAAGUGAAACAAGACCUAGCUCAUUCAGAAAAGACAAGCAAAAAGACCGGACAAGAGUUAUUGAAAGCGAAACAGGGCGUAGAGAAAUCCGAACAGGAAGGGGCAAAUAUACAGAAACAAUUUCUACACAUCCAACAAUACCUCAACUGGACUCAGCCAACUGGAACAGUUGUGGUCAAGACCGAAACACACCCGUCUAUCGAGUUGGUUUUUACAUUCCCGGAUGGCAUCCAGACGAGGCACCAUCCGUCUCGCGGAAAACCGUAUAAAGGCGGCACCUUCGUAGGAAAUCUGGAAGGCGGCAGCGAUGGUUUGGCCCUAUGUAUGAUGUUAAAGGAGGCGUUCAAGAGAGGACAGAUGUUCAAUGUUGGGAAAAACGGGAACGUUGUUCUGAAUGGCAUCUCGCUAUAUAAGGGUCGAACGCUGCCAACUCCUUUGGCUUACCUUGAAUACAAACAGAAGAUGAAAGCGGAACUGGCAGCCAAAGGCAUCACAGAGGCAAAGAUAGAUCAGACGGGGACAUUAGAAGAGACAGUGACUGUCGAUGGUUAG